AUGCGUUUAUUUCCAAAUAAAAUAAUAACUUAUCGAAUAUUGGAUUUAAUUCAUCUAUCAUCAAAUGAAAAUAUAAAAAAUUCUGAUAUAUGUGUAAGUAUUGAAAUAAAUACUAAUAGUCGACGAUUUUGUUAUUUAACAAUAAAUGAAUUAAUAACUCUAUAUCAAAAUUCUCCUGUGCUUGAACGAUCUCUUUACGAAUUAAUAUCUCCUAAUAGUAAAGUAAAAGCAUACAUCGACUUUGAAUAUUAUAUUGAUAAUAAUCCUGAUAUUCAAAAUUCUCAAAUUGGAAUUAGUUGUUGCCUUAAAAUGCUUCACUUAUUUUUAAAUUCUGAACAAAAUAUUGAACCAAAUAAAUAUACUAAUUUGAUUUUAAAACAAUUUCUUGUUCUCGAAUCGUAA